GCACUGCUGCGCCUGCGUCUGUGCGUGCGCGCUACCCACGUGGUCUGUUUCUGAGAGCGCAUGCGCCAGCGAACAUGGCGACGCGCUGCACGUCUCGCGUUACCGGACAGUGAGAUACACCGACAGAAAGAGAGAGAGGCCGAAAGAGACACACGGUUUUGUUAAUAGGGGCUGCGUCUCAAUGCAGAUGUUUCGGGUGAAAUGAAUAAGGCACCUCAGCCUCAGUCUGGACCCCCAGCUGUCCCACCCUAUCCCUCCGCCCCUCUUCCUGCACCCUCCCCGGGCCUGUCCCAGCCCAGUUUUCCUUCUGCUCCACCCCCAGUUGUUUUCGGCACCCCUCCACCACAAAUGAAUCCCGCAGCCCAACCCCGGCCGUUUGCCUCAGGUCCUAGAGCUUUACCACAACAGGGUGGAUUCAGGUCACUGCAGACAUACUAUACCAGUCGGCCAACUUUACCUGCCAAUUCUGGGCGUGUUCAGCAAAGCUCCGCCCCUCGUGCUAUCACCAAUCCACACGCAGCACGCCCUCCCCAUGUAUACCAGGCUGGCCCUUCCCAAAUGAUGAUGAUUCCCCAGCAACAAAUCAGCUUCCCAAACUCACAAAGCACCGCCUACUACAUACCUGGCCAGACAAAUUCAACAUUUUCAUACCGCCCCUCAUACGUGACCCCUCAGCAGUAUCAGGUGGCCAGUUCUCCUGGUUUUUACCCUGGUACCAGUCCAGCAGAUUACGCUGGAGCGUAUUACCCCGCCCAGCCCCAGUUCACGCCCCCUGUUGCCCCUACAUCUGUUAUCAUGAACCCCGCCCCCCAGCAGCAACAGGCCCCGCCUCCUCCACAGCAGCAAGCCCCGAUCAAACGGGAACGCAAGCAGAUAAGGAUUAGAGACCCUAAUCAGGGAGGUCGUGACAUCACAGAAGAGAUCAUGUCAGGAGGUCGUGGAUCAACACCUACACCACCUCAGCAACUGCUGUCCGCCUCUGAUGUUGGGAUCAUCACGCACCCCAAUGGUGACAACACCCUAUCUACAGGCGCCAGAGCAGAGUUUCCCAUCCCUCCAGGUGAAAGCCCUGUACCUGAUGCACCGCCCACUCCCCCUCCAACCAGUCCUAUAGGCGAUACGGUGGAUGCUCCGCCCUCCAUGUCUGCAGACGAUAUCGACAUGACAGAAGUGGAACGACAAGACCCGUUUUUAGCCGUUUCCAUCUCCUCCAGUUCUAAUGGUGCAGAAGCAACACUCUCUAAAGGUAAAGAGGAGGGGCCAGUGACAGUGACCCUACCUGUCCCCGCUUCCCAAACGGAGUCAGCGGUGGAGUCUCCAAUAGUGCAGCCAGAAGAGCUUCAGCUUUACAAUGGUAUGACAAUGGUGGAAGCAGCCCUCGCUCGCAGCACCUACAGAGACGUUAGUCCUAUUGCCGAGCCUGAGAUCACUAAACAAGCUCCGCCUGUUACCAUGGAAAUGCCUGUUAGGACUGUCAAAGCAACACCUGUUGUUAAGGAUAUCCCUUCUCAGGUUGUCAAUGAGACUUCCAUUACGGUUGCUAAGGAAGUGCCAGCUCCUAUUGUUAAGGAGCCUAUUCCUUCGGUUGUCAAGGAGACCCCUGCUCCUGUUAUAAAGGAGACUCUGGCUCCUGUUGUCGUCAAGGAAACUGCUCCAGUGGUUGCCAAAGAAAUGCCUAUACCAGAUAAUAAAGAAGCAUCUCAGAAGAUUACCCAGGAUACAGAAACCCUGGUUCUAGGUGCAAAACAAACCUUGAAAAGUUUUGUUAGCAAGCCGCCUCCUCCUGUUGCCAAGGAAACACCUCAGCUCGCUGUCAAGGAAACACCUCAGCUUGCUGUCAAGGAAACACCACAGCUCGCUGUCAAGGAGACGCAACAACAUGCUGUCAAGGAGACGCAACAACAUGCUGUCAAGGAGAUGCAACAGCUCGCUGUCAAGGAGACGCAACAGCUCGCUGUCAAGGAGACACCACAACUCGCUGUCAAGGAGACGCCACAGCUUGCUGUCAAGGAGACGCCUCAGCUUGCUGUCAAAGAAACACCUCAACUGGCUGUGAAAGAAACGCCCCAGCCCGUGGUCAAGGAAACGCCCCAGCCCGUGGUCAAGGAAACGCCCCAGCCCGUGGUCAAGGAAACGCCCCAGCCCGUGGUCAAGGAAACGCCCCAGCCCGUGGUCAAGGAAACGCCCCAGCCCGUGGUCAAGGAAACGCCCCAGCCCGUGGUCAAGGAAGCGCCCCAGCCCGUGGUCAAGGAAGCGCCCCAGCCCGUGGUCAAGGAAGCGCCCCAGCCCGUCGUCAAGGAAGCGCCUCAGCCAGUUGCAAAGGAACCAUGUCUCCCAUCAGAGGUUGUUGUGGAUUCAAAGACCAAGCCUCCUCCAACUGAAGAGCGUGAUGAUGUUCCCGUUCCUCAGGCUGUUCCCUCUGAGAGUUCCAUGACAGCAAUCUCUGCUCAAAAGAGAAAGAGAAAAAUAAAAGACUGGGAAAACAAAGGAGCUGGCGAUCUUCUUGACGCUUUUAAAGAGCCUGCACCCCCUGAGCCAGAGGCCACACCCCCAGUGAAGGCGGAGCCAGAGAAUAUUCCUCCAGUUGCCCCGCCCCCUGCCGAAGAAGUGGACGAGACUUGGGAGGAGAAAGAAGAUAAACUCGAUGCUGAAAACAUCAGACCACAAAGCCCGGCCACGCCGACCGAACAAAAGUACCAGUAUAAAGAAGAGCAAUGGAAACCGAUUAACCCUGAGGAGAAGAAGAAAUAUGACAGAGAGUUUUUGCUUGGCUUUCAGUUUAUCAGUGCCAGCAUGCACAAGCCGGAGGGUUUGCCACAAAUCAGUGAUGUAGUUCUGGACAAGGCCAAUAAAACUCCUCUGAGGCAGUUAGAUCCCAGUCGUUUGCCUGGAAUGAAUUGCGGUCCAGAUUUCACGCCAUCAUUCGCCAACCUCGGCCGUCCAUCAGGCGGAGGACGUGGCCCGCCUUCAGGUCUGAGCGGUCCCCGGCGUUCAGGUCAGGGCCCACGGGGGAAAGAGCCUCGUAAGAUCAUCGCCAGCGUGUCUCUGACGGAAAACGUACAGCUGAAUAAAGCGGAGAAGGCGUGGAAGCCGUCGGUAAAGCUCGGGCGAGCGGAAGAAGACGACGCGGAGGCCGCUAAGACACAGGAGCUGUUCAAGCGCGUACGCAGCGUUUUAAACAAACUGACGCCGCAGAUGUUUCAGCCGCUGAUGAAGCAGGUGACCGAACUUUCCAUCGACACUGAGGAACGACUGAAGGGAGUCAUCGAUCUGAUUUUCGAGAAGGCCAUCUCUGAACCUAACUUCUCCGUCGCGUAUGCCAACAUGUGCCGCUGCCUGAUGGGGCUGAAGGUUCCCACAACGGAUAAACCAGGAGUGACGGUGAAUUUCAGGAAGUUGUUACUGAAUCGCUGUCAGAAAGAGUUUGAGAAGGACAAAGAUGAUGAUGAAAUUUUUGAGAAGAAACAGAAAGAUCUGGAGGCUGCGACAGAAGAGGACAGACAAAGGUUGAAGGAGGAGCUUGAGGAAUCCAAAGACAAAGCACGGCGACGGUCGCUAGGCAACAUCAAAUUCAUCGGCGAGCUGUUCAAGCUGAAGAUGUUAACGGAGACCAUCAUGCACGACUGCAUCGUGAAACUGCUGAAGAAUCACGACGAGGAGAGUCUGGAGUGUCUCUGCCGACUGCUGUCAACCAUCGGAAAAGAUCUCGACUUUGAGAAAGCUAAGCCCCGAAUGGAUCAAUAUUUCCAUCAGAUGGAAAAGAUCAUCAAAGAGAAGAAAACAUCUUCCAGGAUUCGCUUUAUGUUACAGGACGUGAUUGACUUACGACGGAAUAACUGGGUCCCGCGCCGAGGUGAUCAGGGUCCGAAAACGAUCGAGCAGAUUCACAAAGAGGCGGAGCUUGAGGAGCACAGAGAGCAGGCCAAAGUUCAACAGCAGCUCCUGUCUAAGAAGGACAGCCGCGGUGGAGGAAGUGACAGAGGAGGAGAUAGAGGAGGAGGAGGAGGAGGGGGUGUUAUGGGACCCCGGGGUGGACAGCAUACACCUGGUUCCCGUGGUAACCAGGCCCCUGAUGACGGCUGGAACACGGUACCCAUUUCCACAAAGAACAGACCCAUUGAUCCAACUCGACUCAGCAAGAUCACUAAGCCGGGUGCCUUGGACUUUAAUAACCAGCUUCUUGCCCCUGGAGGUAAAGGAACGUGGGGCAGUUGGGGCAAAGGAAGUAGCGGAGGCACAGGAGCAAAACCCAUCGACAGUGGUGGUGGUGGUGGUGGUGCCCAAGAUCCCGGUCGCCCGAGCAAUCUGAACCGUUUCUCAGCUCUUCAGCAGUCUGGUUCAUCUUCCUCAUCCUCAAAUGUUGACUCUGACAGAAGGCUUCCUCACAGAAGUAGCUCCAGUCGGGAUCGCUUCGACCGCGGCGAUGAGCGCCCGGAUCGGGGUGGCGACCGCUACGAUCGUCGUGACGACCGCGGAUCUGACCGGCUGGACCGGAAUCGUCCUGCGGUCGGCAAACGAAGUUUUAGCCGUGACAAGGAUGAAAGGAGUCGGGAGCGAGAUCAGCGCCCCGCGGAGACGGUCCGAAGAGUGUCCAGCAUGACGGACGAGCGGAGAGAGAGAGACCGCGGCAACCGUGACGUCGUGAAGAGAGAGACGGUCCACACUCCACCUGCUGUUUCAACUAAACCUGCUCUGAGCGAAGAAGAACUAGAGAAGAAAUCAACUGCCAUCAUAGAGGAAUAUUUACACAUUAAUGACAUGAAGGAGGCGCUGCAGUGUGUAACCGAGUUGAACUGCGCGUCCCUGCUGUGUGUGUUUGUGAGGACGGGUAUUGAAUCGACUCUGGAGCGCAGCACCAUCGCCAGAGAGCACAUGGGUUUACUGUUUCACCAACUCCUUAAAACACAAGCGCUUUCAACACAACAGUAUUAUAAAGGAUUGUUGGAGGUCUUGGAGGUUGCAGAAGAUAUGGCGAUUGAUAUUCCUCAUAUAUGGGUGUAUCUGGCUGAGUUGAUCUGUCCUGUGCUGCUUGAUGGUGGGAUUCCCAUGGGAUCGCUCUUCAGGGAAGUGGCGAAACCUCUGUCACCUCUUGGGAAAGCUGGAGUUUUACUGGCAGAGAUUCUCAAGCUUCUCUGUAAAGCAAUGAGUCACAAGAAGGUGGGGACAAUGUGGAGAGAGGCGGGGCUUAGCUGGAAAGACUUCCUUCCUGAAGACGAGGAUGUGAAUAAGUUUGUCACUGAAAAGGCAGUGGAGUUCACUCUGGGUGAGGAGUGUGUGAGAAAGAGCAGUAAAUCAUCUCUGAGUCCAGAUGAGAUCUCCAGAGAACUCGAUCGUCUCCUGCAGGAGAAAGCGGACAACCAGAGGAUCUUUGAUUGGGUGGAGGCCAAUCUGGACGAGCAGCAGACUUCAUCUAAUGGGUUUGUGAGAGCGCUGAUGAUGGCGGUCUGUCAGUCAGCUGUCAUCUGUGAGAAUCCGUAUAAAGUGAACACUAAGGAAAUGAUCCAGCGGUCCAAGCUGCUCCAGCGCUACAUUAAAGAUGAACAGAAGGAGCUUCAAGCGCUUUACGCUUUACAGAACCUGAUGGUGCAGAUGGAGCAGCCGCCCAAUUUGUUGCGGAUGUUUUUUGACGUGUUGUACGACGAGGACGUUAUUAAAGAAGAUGGCUUUUAUAAAUGGGAGUCCAGUAAAGACCCAGCAGAACAGCAGGGCAAAGGCGUCGCCCUCAAAUCUGUCACCGCCUUCUUUACAUGGCUGCGCGAAGCUGAGGACGAAUCAGACAACAGCUAGAGUUUAGCCACGCCCACUACAGAGGAGGAGGAGGAUCAAGUGAAAUGAGAUCUUCGAUAAUAAAACAUUAAGACGUUUUUACUUUUAAUUUCGAAUUUAAAUGCCGUUGAACUGAAAUGAAAAUGAAGAGUAUUAGAGGAUUACAAGCCUUACCUGCUCGCCGAAGAUUUUAGCCGUUAGCAUCGCCGCUUCCUGUUUCGUGCUUCUGCCGUCACGGAGACGGACGUUGAUGACAUUGUUGCAUUGAAUCCUUGAUUUAUUUAGUUUGUUUUGAAAGCCUUUAUUUUGUCACGGCAGAUGUGGUUUUGCUUGGAGCGAGUGAUCGCGUGUGUGUUGCUGUAACGGAUGGAAAAGUGAGGUCUCUUUUCCUUCCGUGUUGAUUUAGCCGAGUGAUUUCAGCUGUUUGUUUUCUACUUUUUUAUGACAGAAAAUCUAACAAAAAAUGCAAAUAGCGUCUCCUCUUCAGAGGUCGACGUCGGGUGACGGCUCUGAACGUGACGAGUGCUAGAGACGAAAACUUUAAACUUUUUGCUGCUGCUGGUCUCGGGACGUUUCCGUCGGACGUGACGAACGGUUCCCGUACACAAAAUAUCAGAAAACUUCAAUAAAAAAAAUGAGUGGGAGUUUGUGGAUGUUUCUCACACUUGUGCACCUGUAGUGGACUUUAUCAAACAAAUCAAUAAUUACAACUUGAAUAUAUAUAAAGAAAAUAAAGUCCUUGAUACACGAGAGCUGGAGUAUAGACGAGAGAGAGAUUUGAGUACUACAUGCCUUUCAGCUUCCUGCAUUUCAGGGGCGCCCUGUAUAUAAAGAUUUUGUUUUGCUUUUUCAGUAAUAAAAAUUUAACCUUAAUGCCAUUUAUUAAUUUUCCGUAUUUAAUUUUUUUUGUUUUCUUUUCUUUGCGGUUUAACCAGCCAGCUGAGCUUGUAAAAUGAAUCUCCACUAGUUAUUGGUUAUAGUUUAAUGAAAUUCUGUAAAUAUUUCUCUUUUUUGCUUUACGUAUUUAAUUAAGAGAAAUUAAUGCUUCUUUUCACAUUUGAAACUGGAAAGAUAAUAAAGAAUAUUGCAAUGGAAAAAGUACAAA